AUGAUGCAGGCCCGGCUCGUCGCGCACGCGCCGGGGCUCGCCCUGCAUGAGCACGACACCUUCCACCACAACGUGCCCAUGUUCCUCGAGCGCGAGGGCCUGCUGGUGCCGCUGCUGAAGCGCGAGCUCCUCGCGCUGCUCCAGGGGAUAGCGCCCCUGUGGAACUGA